AUGAAUUAUACAAACGAUUAUGAAAAUAUACCAGAGAAUGCUACCUUGUCUACUAGUUCAAAUGACUAUCAUCCUUACCAGUUAUUCACAGACAACACCAGAUCAGAAUUUACUCCCAUGAUAUUCCAUACAGCUCCAAUGAAUGAAACAAAUAACGAUAUGGAAUUGAUGCAACAUGUUCAUGAUUAUAAUCUGGAUAUCGUACCUCCUCCCUUUCCUUCUUCUCCUUGUAAGGAUACUCAAUCUCAACGUGGUAUUGCUGGAUUCGUAUCAAAACUAUACCAAUGUCUUCAAGCACCAGAAAGUGACCAAAAAUAUGCUCGAUGGUGUAAACAUCAAGGAAGAGACAUGUUUAUUAUUGAGUGCAUUCCAGAGUUUACCGAGACCGUACUACCACGUCUUUUUAAACACUGUAAAUUUCCUUCAUUUGUACGCCAAUUAAAUAUCUAUGGUUUCCAAAGAGAUACCGACGCAAGAAAAUCAAAAGACAGCAAAGACAGGGAAUCAUGUCGGUGGUAUCAUCCCUACUUUCGACCCGGUCGUCGUGAUCUGUUUCAUCUGAUUCGAAGAAAAGCGACUCGAUAUACAAGAAGAAAGCGAGCCAAGCAAGAAGAAGAUCCCGAGACCAUCUUGAAUAUCGAAGGAGAUGACGAGUCAGCGUUUGAGGAGGACGCACAGACAGUCAAGAGCAAUAACAACAAUAACCGCCGCUCAUCUUCUUCGGCCUCGUCCGUGCGUCUGCCAGAGUAUUACCCUCCUCCGUCCCAGCUGCAACUGACUUAUGAGCCUCCGGCUGCAAAUACAUCAAGCGCCUUGAUGCAUAUACCUCUCAUGGAACAACCUAUAGAACAACAAGAGCCAGCGACAGAGGCGGUCGACGACAAGGAAGCAGACAUACAUAGUCAUCCUGAUGAACCCAACAUAGAAUCAAUCACCAAACAAGAGCUUCGAUUACAGCUCUAUCACGUCAAACGACAGUGCCAGCAAAUGCACGGUUAUUAUGAUGAGCAACUGAACGCCGCUCGAUUAAAAAUACAAGAGCAGCAAUUGCGUAUACAGCAGCUCGAGAGCGCUCUCAGUAUCACAGAGCAACACGCAGUGAAACCGAACAUUGUUCAACGCCCUUCAGGUGGUUACAUAAAUACAAUGUGUACAACUUCUCUUCAACCCAAUUGCUAUACCCAGCCACCUCCAUCAAUGUACGAACUCCCAAAGUUAUCUCAACCAUUUUAUUUUCAUAGCAACAACCAUCAUUCAGACACCAAUACCAACUCUUGCUUAAUGAAGCCCUCUUAUGUCAAAGUCAAAAAAGAAUGA